AUGCCGGACGAAGUCACCGACACCACCAAUUCUGCCUCCGCCAGGGUCUCGUCUUUUUUUAUCGAGAAUUUGCUGGGGACCGAGGGGAAAGAGAGCCGAGAGGAGAGGACGCAGGAGAGCACGGAGGAUGGCCACAAAGAGACGCGGUCGCACAGCGGAAUAGCCGGCAGCCAUUGCGCGCAGGUCUGCUGCCAAGUCUCUCCUUUUGGGUUCAGUUCACAGACCUAUCCUCUCAGGGAAAGUACAAUGGAGUGGUACAGAAGAGCUCAUGCUAGUUUUAUAGGAUGCACCAGUCCAGACACCAGUGACCGAGACUCUCCCGAGAUCUCCGAGGAGUCAUCAGCGGGGAGGCCAGGGGGCUGCAGGAAACAGGCAGACGAGCUGGGCUCAGCAGAGCGGAGAGAGGAGUUUGCUUGCGGCAGCAACAGCAGGGAGGAGGAUGACAAAGCCGAGGAGCCGGAUUCCGCUGAGCAGAGAGCCGCGGGCCGCAAGAAGAAGACCCGCACGGUCUUCAGCCGGAGUCAGGUCUUCCAGCUGGAGUCCACCUUCGACAUGAAGCGCUAUCUGAGCAGCUCGGAGAGGGCCGGCCUGGCGGCCUCCUUGCACCUCACCGAGACCCAGGUGAAGAUCUGGUUCCAGAACCGCAGGAAUAAGUGGAAAAGACAACUGGCUGCGGAUUUGGAAGCGGCCAACGUCUCCCACUCGGCUCAAAGGAUAGUAAGGGUGCCCAUUUUGUACCACGAAAACUCGCCUGCAAGUGCUUUAGGCUUCACCUUGCCUCACAUGUCUCCUCCCCUGGUGGGGUUUUCUAACGCUGUCAGCUACCCCCUGGCCACCUUCCCUGCCGCCUCAGUCCCGUUUCUGAGAUCGCAAAUGACAGGACUCGUUUGA